AUGCCCGAAUCAACGAAACAGCCGUCAUCCAGCCAGACUUGCCAUGUGUUUUGGCCGAGCGAUUAUCCUCUUGACUCGACGGGUUAUCUGAUCGGAUGGCAGAUCGAUAAAGUAUUUUGCGUAGCAACUCUGGUUGAAAACUAUUCUUUGACAUCGUUACAUCGAUCGGACAGGGACCUCGACGGAUCACUUGUUCAUCCCCAUAAUGCUCGUCUUUUAGGUCAAUUGAACCCCUCUGCAAGUUCCUCUGCAAGUCCUCCACAAUCUGAUCAAGAGUGGAUAGCAAUAAAAUACCAACCUGAAGGAAUUCUGAAAAUAAAAAACCCGCAAGAAGAAGACGAAGAAGAGAGCAUAGUAAUGAUAUACGACCGACCAUCGAUCCGAAAACAUCACUUUCUUUCGCUUAGACCGUUACUCAAACCCUCCUUAGUAGUCUCUCAAAAUAAUCAGCCUUCAUCAUCAUCAACAUCUGCAUCAGCACAAAGGAAUGGAAACAAAUCAUUAGCUGAUAAGAUUAAACUCUUCGAUCAACUCUAUCCUCAUCUUGCUAUGUCUCCUAGUCAUGAUAACUCUCAUCCUAGAGAAAUGUCAACAAUCAUCAAAUUCAUAAACUCUAGUGAAGAAAUCCAUAAUAGAUUUCAUAAUAAGAACAAAUCAAAAGAUCCAGGACGAAAGAAAACAAUCAAAAAACCAAGUCAACAACAACAAGAAGGAAAAGAAGACCACGAGUCGAUCGAAGCUCUCCCAAACCAACUAGAUUUGAUCCUCGGAUUAUCCACUUUCCUUCAGCAAUUCAAUGUCCGUUUAGUGGAGAUAUCAAGUUGGCCAAGUCGAUAUCGAAAGAUCACUCGAGAAGAAGAUGCUGACCUAUCCGGUCGGCGUGCCGAAUAUGUCAUGCUUUUUAAUACGUUGUGGUUGAUUGCAAAUGAUAUAAUUUUCGGACGAACGAGCGGACAAAUUCUGAUGGAAAAUUCCGACCUAUUAGCGGCGUGGUUAGAAUACCAUUUACAAACAUAUACUGUUACGUUGGUUAAGAAAGCUUUACAUUGGACGAAUUCGUAUCCCGUUGGAUUGAAAUUGAAUGAUCAACUCGGUCAAGCUUUCUGUUUAUGCUCCAACAUGGCCGUCGACUUUUGGCACAUCUAUGUUUUGAAACAUGCCUAUUUGAUUCUACCCAAGAUGAUUUGGACGGUCGGUUUUGUCAGCUUAUUCGGGAACACAUUUGCCCUGGCUAUUGCAUCCGAUUUCUUGACGAUUGCGACGUUCCAUUUAUGGAUAAUCUAUCGAUUAUUUACAUUUAUCUUUGAUUGUCAAUUACGUUUUCUUAGCGUGCUUUUCAAUAUUUUCAGAGGUCGGAAAUAUAACGUAUUACGAAAACGAAAUGAACCGGCGACUUAUCAGCUCGAUCAGUUGAUCCUUGGCACGAUUUUAUUCACACUAGCGAUUUUCCUAUUUCCAACCAUUCUCGCAUUUUACAUCUUGACAAGUACAACUCGUGUGUUAAUUGUUUGGGUACAUGGAAUUAUUGGCACCGGCUUAUCAUUAUUGAACCACUUCCCUCUGUUUGUCCUGAUGUUGAGGCUGAAAGAUCCGGCUCGAUUGCCCUCUGGUGUUGCUUUAUACCACUACAUGAUCAUGAUCCAGCCAAAUUCAAACUUCAGAUGA